GGAGCAGCCCGGCCGGUGCAGACAGCGUUCAGCGCCAUGGAGAGCAACGUGGUGCACAUCUACAAAGGGGACAGGUGUCCCUCGGGCCAGCCGGAGGACUGCUACCCAAACUUCACCUGGCAACCCGGUUUAUCGGACCCCUUCAACUACACACCCAACGGCACCUGGGAGACUGAGCCCGAGCCAAUGUCGCCCAUCAUCCCCAUCAUAGUCGCGGUGUACUCCGUGGUGUUUGUGGUGGGCUUGGCGGGCAAUUGUUUGGUGAUGUAUGUCAUCAUAAGAUACACCAAAAUGAAAACAGCCACCAACAUCUACAUCUUCAACCUGGCCGUGGCCGACGCUCUGGUCACCACCACCAUGCCCUUUCAGAGCACCGACUACCUGCUCAGCUCCUGGCCGUUUGGCAAGGUGGCGUGCAAGGUCUUCAUCUCCAUCGAUUACUACAACAUGUUCACCAGCAUCCUCACCUUGACCAUGAUGAGCGUGGACCGCUAUGUAGCUGUGUGCCACCCGGUCAAAGCCCUGGAUUUCCGCACACCUGUCAAGGCCAAAAUCAUAAAUGUGAUCAUCUGGGUGCUGUCGUCUGCCGCCGGGAUCCCUGCCAUGAUACUCGGCAGCACAAAGACCAAUAACGGGACUACAGAGUGCGCCCUGCAGUUCCCUGAACCCUACAGCUACUGGGACACCCUGAUGAAGAUCUGCGUCUUCAUCUUUGGUUUUAUCGCACCCGUCAUAAUCAUCACUGUCUGCUACACGCUCAUGGUGAUGCGGCUGAAGAGCGUGCGCCUGCUGUCAGGCUCACGCGAGAAGGACCGCAACCUGCGUCGGAUCACCCGUCUGGUUCUGGUGGUGGUCGCCGUCUUCGUGAUAUGCUGGACGCCCAUCCACAUCUUCAUCUUGGUUAACGUGCUGUCUGGGAAGGAGCCUGACACCACCGCCGUCAUGGCCGCCUACUUCUUCUGCGUUGCACUGGGCUACACCAACAGCAGCCUCAACCCCAUCCUCUACGCCUUCUUGGAUGAGAACUUCAAGAGGUGCUUCAGAGACUUUUGCUGCCCGGGUGCCCAAGGACAUGGAGACUCUCAUGGGGUGAGCCGGGUGAGGAGCACCCUGCGGGACCACACGUGUCCCACAGAAGGACGGGGAGACAUGAGACAGGCAAGGCCCGUAUGA